AUGGUAUUACUGAAAAUUCUAAAAAAAAUAAAAGAAAAAAAUAAAAAUAUAAGAAUAAUAAUAUUAGGUUUAGAUAAUGCAGGAAAAACUACAAUAGUUAAAAGGUUAAUGGGGGAAGAUAUUUACAAGGUUAAUCCCACUUUUGGUUUUACAAUUGAAACUUUAUGUUUUAAUAAUCACUUUAUUAAUAUAUGGGAUAUAGGUGGACAAAAAAGUAUUAGACAUUUUUGGAAAAAUUAUUAUGAAAAUGUUGAUGGGAUAAUUUAUGUAAUUGAUAGUAGUGAUUUAUUUAGGAUACAAUUAUGCUCAUAUGAGUUAAAACAAAUUUUAAAAGAAGAAAGAUUAUAUGGUUGCUCUUUGUUAAUUCUAUCUAAUAAAAUUGAUAUUGAGAAUUCUCUAAAUAUCAACCAAAUUGUUGAUAUUUUGAAAUUAAAUGAAAUGAACAUAGACAGACAUUGGUGCAUAAAUGAGUGUAGCGCUUUUUCAGGUAAAGGAUUAUUAAAAUCGUUUAUGUGGUUAGUUGAUGAUAUAACUAGUAGACUUAACAAUAAUUAUUAA